AUGACCGGAUACUUUCUGACAAACCCAACCUUCCAGGCCUUUGUGUAUAACAAAGUGUGCAUUGACAAAUACAACGAGACUUUCUGCGACAGCCUGCGCAACAAGACAUUCCAAGAGGACCACAAAACAGAAGAGGAUUAUGUCCAGUCUGAGACGUCCUACUGGAUCUUAAAGAAAAACAUUGUAGAACGUGUUCCGGCAUGUUUGAUUGUACUGUUUGUCCUCGGAUCCUGGGGUGACAAAGUGGAUCGGAAACUACCCGUGAUUAUACCCAGUGUGGGAGCAACGUUGUCUUAUAUUGUGUAUAUGAUUCUUUCCAUUUACCCUUCAAGUAAAGUGGAGUAUGUGAUGAUUGCUGCUGUAGUAAAUGGUCUGUCUGGGAGUUUCACGGCCCUGCUAAUGGCAUCGUACAGCUACGUGACGCACAUUGCUGAUCCCACCAAUAAGACGGCGCGAAUAGGAAUCGUGGAGGCUGUUAUCUUCUUAGCUGGAACAGUUGGAGUCUUCAUAUCUGGAGUGAUGUUGGACAAUACAAGCUUCACAUUCGUCUUCGCGUUCAUGAGUGGAUGUUCCUUCUUAGGACUUGUAUACGCUGUCGUACGUCUCGAGAACCUAACGGCCAGAACAACCAGACCCGAGAGUGAGAGUGUCUGCACAUACUGGUUUCUGGGAUCUGUCAAGGAGUCUGCUCGUUGUGUGAUGAAGAAUAGGCAAGAGAAGAGAACUCUCUUCCUCUUCUCACUGCUCAUUAUCUUCAACAUGUAUGUGAUGGGAACAGUGUGUGAAGGGGACGUCCUCCUCCUGUACACAAGGCGAGCUCCACUCAGCUGGUCACAGACAACGUUGGGUUACUAUCAGGGUCUGGAGAACUUACUUCGUAGUUUAAUGCUGAUCACAGUUCUGCCUCUGUGUAGGAAGUUGAGGAACACCACUGUAGCACUCUGGGGCUUCACGUCCAAAAUCAUCGGUCUGGUGGUAUUGGGACUCAGCAAACAGACAUGGCAAGUCUUUCUAGUGGCAGUGAUUGCCAUGUUCCAAGGCUUUCAAGCAGCUGUUGUUCGGUCACUCAUGUCCAAUAUGGUCGACCAGGCUGAACAGGGUAAGGCUCAGGGUAAAGUCGCACGUUGUAAGAAUUGA